AUGCCGUUAGAAUUAGAAAGUAAUCAUAGUUCAAUAGGAGAAGAAGAGAAAUUCGAAGAAUAUGAAUUUUCAACUGGUAAUACAUAUCAAGAAUUAACUGAUUUAAGAGUAUCCCUUAUCGGUAAUAAGGAUUUGAAAUUUAAAUUAGUUGGAGAUGUUAAAUUUAUACAAUCAUUAGUUAAAGAUUUUAAUAAUCUGAUUGAAACUAUAGUAACUAAUUCAACUUCAAAUAUUCUUAAAGAUAAUGAAUUCUUACAAGAUUUAGAAAAGAGAGCAGUAAUAAUUGAUAUAUUAUGUUCAUUUAUAACAGAAGUUAAUACAAAGAAAUAUUCUAAUAUAACUAUAUGUUUAGAAUCAUUAGAAAAUGUUAUAAAUCCAACUAUUGAAUUAUUAAAUUUUUUCCUUAAUAAAUUUGUCCCAAAUAUUGAUAAUCCUCAAAUACUAAAGAAUGUUGAAAAUCUUAUGAGUUAUUGUUUAGAUAUAUUCCUUGGAUUAUCAAAUAUUAGAAAUCAUAAUGUAGAUUCUGAAAAAUUAUGGAGAUUUAUUACUACAUUAUUAAUUAUAACUGAUUCUAAUCAAAUGAAUACUGUUAUUGAUUCUUCAUUAUUAAUUAAACUGUUAAGAUUAAUUCCUAUUUUAUUAUCUACCAAUAAAUUAUCAAAUAAUGCUCUUAAAACUUUAUUAACGGCUGUUUUAAAAAGAUUAUCAAAUGAGUGUACUAUUUUAAUAGAUAUUCAUUUCCCUAAUGUUUCUCAAGAUUCAGUAAUUUUAAAUCAAUUGGCUUUUGAAGAUUCAACCCUUCCAAAUAUUGAAUUAAAUAAAUCAAUAUUAAAAUCAAGAAUUAAUUUAAAUCUUUUACUUGAACUUAUGACAUGUACAGCCCAAAUUUUUAGUUAUCUGAAAAAGAAUGAUUAUUCUAUAUUAAUGGAAUUAGCAUCAUCCCUGACUCCAAAGAUAUCUCCAGUAGUGGUAUUAACUAUUCAAGUAUAUAUUUCAUUAUUAUUAUUGGUUAAAUAUGAAGAUAAUCUGAAUAUUAGUUUAAUUGCAUUGAAUUUAAUAUACUUUUAUCUAAAUAAUUUAAGACCAUCUGAUGAAGUAGAUGAUCAAAUUAUUUUUAAAAGUUAUAAGAAAUUAUUUCCUAAAAUAAUUGAAAUGUUAGAAUUAGAAGAUAAUAAUUCUAUUAAGAAAAAUAAUCGGAAUUUAACUCAUUCAUCAAAUCAUAAUAAUACUGCUAAUUUAGUAUUACCUAUGUAUUUGUAUUCUCCAGCUAGAAUAUUGGCAGAUUUAUGUGUUCAAUAUCCUUUAUUAAGUGAUAAAAUUAAAGAUUCUAAUAUUGAUAUUAAAAUUGUUAAGAAAUUAGAAAUUCAAUUUAGAUCUAGUCAAUUUUUAAUGAUAAUUAAUAAAUUAAAAAAGAAAUCUAAACAUGGUAAGACUAUAGUUGAUUUUACAAUUUUAUUAAGUAUUCUAAAUGAUGAAGAUAAACAUAUUAAUAGUAGUGCGGAUUUAUUAUUAUUAUUAAGUGUUUAUACUUCAACAAUUGAAGAAUAUAGAACUAGAGUAAUUAAUUCAAAUGAUUUAACAAAGGCAAAUCCAUUAUUUGCUCAAAUGAUUUUUGAAAUUAUUGAUAAUUAUCACUUUUUAUUGGUAGAAAUUCAAUUAAUUUAUAAACUUUUAAAGAAUAAAAUGAUUACUAGUAAAGAUUUACCAUGGUUUGGUAGAAAUUUAGGGAUUAUUAAUUCAAUAAUUGAUAAUCCAUUAUAUACUAAUUGUUUAUAUUUGAUUCGUUCAUUAGCUCGAUCAAUAAAACCAUUAAGAACAUUCUUUGUUGAAUGUAAUAGUUUAAAUAGUUUUAUUUAUGAAGAUGAAUCAGGAAAGACUAGUGGAGGAUUAAUUACUAAUUUCUUACAGAUAUUAAAAUCAUUUGAAUCAAUUGAUAUUAUGAAUCAAUAUUUUAAUCAUUUUUUAAGAAAUGAUGGAGAUGAACAAAUAACCAGUGUUAAAAGAUAUAAUAAAAUUCAAAUGACUAAUAAAUCAAUAACUUUAGGAUUACUUGCUAAUUUCAUUUUAGAUUUUAGUUCUUUCCGGUAUAUCAUUGUUACAUAUGAUAAUUUCUUACAAAGUUUAAAAAUUAUUUAUGAACGUCAUGAUCCAAGUAGAGAUAAUAUUUCUAAUACUAAUGAAGAAAUUUAUCAAAAGAAUAUCAUUCAAUUAAAUGUUCUUUAUAUUCUUAAGAACUUUAUGUAUAAUGAAGUUCAUGAAAAUAAAAGAGAUUUAUUACAAUAUUUCUCAUUAAAUGAAAUCUUAUUAAAAACUUUAUAUGGAAUUAUUGAAGAAGAAGAAGAGGACAAUAAUAAUGAUAUAAAUGAAAAUGAUGAAAAGAAUAAAAAAUUAAUUGCCGAUAUUAAACGACUUAGAUUACAACAGAAAUUAAUUGCCUUUGAUACUUUAAGAAAUUAUACAGCAGGAUCAACAAAUUUCAAUACAAUUUUAAUUGAAACAUAUGAGAAUGACUUGGUUUGUAAAUAUCCUCAAUAUAAUUUACCCAAAAAAUGGUAUGAAUUUCUUAUUUUGAAUAUAACUACGACAAAGAUAUUUGCAGUUAAUCGUAAAAAUUCAUCUAGUACUAUUAGUAAUGAUGAUGAAUAUUUGAGUCGAUUAAUCUUAAAUGAUGAUUAUUCAAAGAUGAUUGUAGCUAUUAAUUCUAUUGAGAAUAAUAGAUAUGCAGUUGUUGUUUCUAUGCAAAGAGAAUUUUUCCCUGAUAAGGAUUUACUUAAACUUUGGUUAAAAUUCUUAGCAUUUCAAAUUCCUAGAAAGAUAUUGAAUAAAUUAAGUUUGAAUGAGAAGAUCUUUAUUAAUAAUAAUUUAAAUGAAAUUAAAUUAUCAAUUGUUUGUAUUAUUGUUAAUUUAACUUGGAGAUCUUCAACUCAUUCAUUCCGAGGUCAUGAUUCGGCUAAUUAUGAUUCUUUUGAUUUAGUUCAAGAUUCUCAAUUAAGGUCAGGUUUAAUAACCACUAGUGGAACAAAUAGGCGACUCUUUUUAGAAGACUCUUCUGAAUCAGUUAGAGAAAGACUGGAAGAUUUUGAUGGUUAUGAAAAGCAUGAUGAUGAAAAUAAUAAGAAGGAAGAAAAACUGUCUGAUGAGUUGAGUGUAACUGAUCGUGCUGAAUUAUUACAACAAUUUGGGUUUGAAGAUGUUAUUAUUAGACUCAUUAAUGAAUAUAGUAAGAGUUCAAGUGUCGCUAGUUCAACAAAUAGUACUAAUUUGAAUGAUAGUCCUAAGCGAUUUGAUGUUUACAAUAGUCAUAAUUUAUCGGAAAAGUUAAAGAAUGCACAUAUUCAAUUAUCUACAUUAUUAUAUCGUCGCGGACGUGGAAGUGUCGGUAAUGCGGGUCUUGGCAACGGUGAGGAUGAAGAAGCAGGUCAUGAAGAUGAUGAAAGCCGUAGACGAAGAAGAAGAAGGUUAAGAGCUGGUGGAAAUGUUGCAUUACCCGAUGUUAAUAGAGGAGGGGAAGGAUAUGGGUAUGGAUCGGAUGAUGAAUACGGUCCAGAUUACAUUGAUGUAGAAGGUGGAGAAGAAGAAGAUGAUGACGACGAAGAUGAAGAUGUUGAAGGAGAAGAUGAUCAUGAUGAUGAUGAAGACGAGGAUGAAGAUGAAGAAGUAGAUGAUGAUGAUCAUGAUGAUGAAGAAACUGCUAGAGAGUAUUGGAUAGCUUAA